AUGAUCUACAACCAUCUCAGCAAGGAGGAUUGCGAGCACUUUGUGCAGCACGGUUGGCUGCACAUAGAGAAUGCCAUUGCGCCAGAAUAUCUGUCGUGGGUGGACAAUCUUUGGGUGCGUAUGGGCAUCGACCCCAACGACAAGACGACCUGGACAGAGGAGUAUGUCAAGCUUCCACGACACCGCGAGGUCCCCGCGGAGCAGUUUGCCCCCACGGCGUGGGCCAAGAUGUGCGAGAUUGUUGGUGGCGAGGACAAGAUUGAUCCGGUACGGGAGCGGUACUAUGGUGACCAGAUGAUUAUCAACUUUGGACGCGAGGACCUCGUUGGCAAGACCCAUAACCCGAGGGACCUGGAUGGUUGGCACACAGACAAUGACUGGUACCGCCAGUUUCUCGACUCGAGCGGUAACGCCCUUACGGUCAUCUUUUGCUUUACAGAUAUCCCCGAAAACGGCGGUGGUACCGUCCUGUGCGAGGACGGCAUGGCGCCUCUCAUGAAGCACUUUUACGACCAUCCCGAAGGACUCGACCCACCGUUCCAAGGCAUUUACGACUAUUGUUAUACUGCUGGAAACAAGUUCGCCACGGUCGUGGGCAAGAAGGGUGACGUCUUUGUCACUCACGGUAUGCUCCCGCACUCGCAUGCGCCAAACCACCUACACUAUGCGCGUAUCAUUUCCAACCCGCAUGUCAACCUCAGCGAACCGUAUAACCUGAACCGCGCCGACGGCGAUUACACCCUCUGCGAACAGGUCGUCCUCCGCGCUCUCAACCGCACAUCGAUCCCAGAGUACAAGCCGACUCGUGAGCGCCUUGCAUUCUACCCGCGCACCGCCUACUUUAAGCGCGAGCGCGUCAAGGCCGAGCUCGAGCGUAUGGUCAAGGCGGCGGCCGAGGACGGCAAACCUGCAAGUUCCGUGGACUCGAUCUAUCUCCGUGGCGAAGCUGCCAUUCGCGAGCACGAGAAGCGAAACGGGUACGACAAGGAGAUAGGCCCCACUGGUGUCGUCACUGACGUUCUGAAAGACACUCGGUAUGUCCCCAACUCGGCGGUCCAUGUAGUUGUUUAA